UAAUAACCUAUAAAGAGUGUUUCUUUUGUCAGUUUUUCAAUCGCUAAACAAAAGUUUAAACAACAAUGGGACAUUUGGGGGUUUUCCCCCUUAAUUUACAAAUGAAAAUGUGUUCGUUUUAGCAAAUGAAGUACAUAUUAAUUAAUAAAUAACUCAAAUACUUCAAUAUGGCUACUAAUAACAACCAGAAUGGUUGGUUAAGUGGCUUAGGCAUAGGAUUUGGGGCCCCAUUGAGCGCAGUACCCGAACAACAGAGCGGAUCUUCACCAGAAAUAAAUCAGUUUGAACAAUUAGACCGAAAUAGCAUUAGUAGCAAUACUUUAAAGAGGAAUCCAAAGAUGGAACUGUCCAAGAAUGAUUUGAUUAAAUUGGUCACUUAUUUUGAAGGGGAGAUUCAGGCUAGGGAUAUUGCCAUUGCUGCCUUAAAGUCUGAAAAAGUGAAACAAGUGGUAAAUGUGGGAAGAUACAGACCGGCAGCUAUGUCUGACCCAUACACAGCCCUUUUAAGAGACAGUGUUGGAGAUGGUCCUACGGCCAAGCCACCAUAUUCUGAGAGAGAUAUGGGAGCUGUGGCUGAUCAUCAGCUUCAAGCAUUGGAGCAGUUGGCUUUGCAACAACGCUGGGCUCACCAGCAUAUGGUUAAUAUACUGAAAGAGGCUGAAGCAAAACACAGAAAGGAACUUGAAGAGGAAAAAUGCAAGCAUGAGCAUGACACCGCGCAAGGUGACGACAUCACAUAUGGCUUGGAAAUGGAGAGAACUAGAUUAAGACAAGAAUUGGAGAUGGAGAGAACGGCUAGGAAAAAAUUGGAGAAGGAAGUCAAGAAGCAAGUGGAGAUGGCGGACGAGGAGAGGGCCAGGCAAAAGCAAAUUGUUCUUCUUUUAUUGGCUGAAAGAAAGAAAAUUAUAGUUAAGUACAUUGAGGAGAGAAAAAGAAGCGAGGAUUUAGCACAGAUAUUGUCGGAAGAAAAAUCCCGAAUCGACAGCAUGGCGGAAGGGUUGGAGGAAGAGAGCAAAAAAUCGCUACGCAUGGAGGCGGAACUGGAAAACCAAAGCCACGUAUACGAUUCCGAAAAGAAAACAUUGAAAACCCAACUUGCACACAAAGUCGCCAGAUGUCAGGAGUUGGAAAUGGAAAUUGAAAAACUCCGCGCUGAAUGCGAAGCUUUAAAAACCAGGGCGACGUUGCCUUGCGAUAGUGCCGCCCCAAUGAUAAGCAGCGUUGCCAAAGUUGUACAGCCCACCUCCACAGUGUCCAGUGUUCCUGUUUCUGGACCAACCACUGGAAUAGCUCAGUCGGUUGCUCCAGGUCAAGUAUUGAGGCAAACUGCCACCAUACCUACUACACCAUUAAAUAAGGUUAAUCCUGGCGGAGUUUCGUCUCCGCAAACUUCGACCAUAAGGACCGGGGCGGGCAAGGGCGCUUUCCACGCGACGCACGCGCAGUUCCAGUCCGCGGCGGCGGCCUCGACCGCCCCGCAAACGCCGCCGAAAAAGGGUUCGGUGGUGGGACGAGGCGUCCCGCCGCCGAUUCCUCCGAACAAGCCGGUGAUCCCGAGCAAAACGGCGCCGGGACGCCGGCCCGACGUCGCCGGCGACGGCGACAAGAAGAAAGUCAACGUGGCAGCGUCGCAGGAGAAGCCGACGGAAGCGCGGCAACCCGGCCAAGGGAUCGAACUGCUGGGACAGGAAUUGGCAGACUUUCAACAAAUGUUUGUAACCAUGGCAACUAGUAAUAAUGCUUAAAGGGUAUUCAAUAUACUUAAUUUAUCUUUUUGUUGGCAGGGCGGGACAGUAGUUGGGCGUUCACAGGACUAUUACCAGUCCCAAAAGUCAACUUUUUCAUGUGAUAAUUACUAAAAAAUACUUAAAUGAGUUGUUCAGUCUUAUUAUUAUUAUUAUUAUUAUUUAAAUGACUCUUGGACGUAUUAUAUUGUAAAGUAUAGAUAUUUAUGAAGAAUAAUAUAAAUACUUCCAAUUAGGUUUAGUGACUUUAGAUACUGAAAUUCUGUUGAAUCUCAUAUUUAAAUAAAAAAAAUGUAUUAUAUCAGAUUGUAUGUAACAAACAAUAACUGUCAACAAUUCUUAGGAUAUUUAACUUUAUUAUUUGAAUUACAAAUCGACACAAUUUUUUUUUCAUUUACUUACUAUUUGCGUAAGUAUUCUUCUCAAAAAUACUCGU